AUGUCGGCCUUUGCCGGAUCCGAGAGCGAUGUAAAGAUUCCGUCCUGCGCGCGCCAGUCCUUAGGGGUGUCGGCUUUGGCCGCCGUGGCGCGUAGCUUGGGCAGCAGCAGCAGCGGCAGCAGCGGCACGAGCAGGAACGAGUCGACUGCCUUGACGCCGAACGACAGCUCGCAGCCGCUGGCAAGGCUGAGCCGGAACUCGGCCAGCGCUAAGCCUGCUUUCUCGACUACCGUAUGGAACCGGCCCAGGGACGACUCAGCGCGGUCGCGAACGUCUUGAUCGACUCCGUAAACACUAGGCCGAGGUCAA